AUGCCGAUACUACUCUACAAUGUAUUAUUAUUAACGAAAUAUAAUUGUUUGAUAAUGAAACAAAAAGAUAUAAUACGUUGCAUGAGAUAUAUAGAAGAUGAUUUGAAUAAUAUUACUAAUAAAUAUCAUCGUGAAAUUAUUAUGGAAAGAGUUAAAUACGGUAAACGUUUUUUCACCAUAAUCUGUGUAUUUUUACAUUCAACCGUACUUUACAUGCGUUUAAUUUUACCCCUGAUCAAAGGAAAUAUCCAAAUUUCGGCAAAUGUUACGAUAAGACCGUUACCCAGUGCUGGGUAUUAUUUUCAUCUUUUCGAUGAUCAAGUCAGUCCCUUCUACGAAAUGGUUUUUUUCCUACAAUGUGCACAAGGUUGCGUUACGAUUUAUACCAACAUUACUAUAUGCACACUAGCCGUUAUCUUCGUCGUACACGCAUGCAGCCAACUUGAAAUAUUUAUCAAUCUUCUCGAGGAUAUCGUUGCUAACGUUGAUUCCAAUGAAAAAACUAACGUCGAUAAGAAAUUAAGUAUUGCUGUUAAACAUCAUAUAAGAGUACGAAAUUUUCUUCAAAUGAUCGAGAAUACGAUGAAUCCAUUAUAUUUUAUGGAUAUUUUUGGUUGCAGCAUGACCCAAUGUUUUUUGGGUUAUUCUUUAACGAUGGAUUGGGGUAAACAAGAUGUGAAUACUGUAAUAUCGAUAAUUAUUGCAAUAUUGUCUGUUACUGUUCAAAUUUUUGUAUUUUGUUUGGUUGGCGAACAGCUUAUGCUGCAGGACGAAAAAGUAGCUGUAAAAUCUUGCAUACUCGAGUGGAAUAGGAUACCUUAUAAAAAAGCUAAAAAUAUUAUACCGAUCGUUAUGUUAUCGAAUCGUCGAAUGAAAAUCACUGCCGGAACCAUAAUCGAACUUUCUUUACAAACUUUCGGACAAGUAAUUAAAACGACCGUAGCUUAUUGUAAUAUUAUGCGAACGAUGAUUUAA